AUGACGCUAUCUAUGCGGGAUUUUAUUGCUCUACUUUCGCGAUUCUCGGCGGUAUAUAAGUUCCCCGUAAAGGCCGAUAGAUCAACACAAAUCAUCCGGCAAUCAAGCUACAAACUAAAAAAGAAAUCAAAUCCAAGCACCAUGAAGUUCUUCAUUGUCAGCCUCCUGAUCGCCGCCUUCGUGGCCCUCGCCCAGAGCAGUGUGAUCCAUGGAUCCGCCUUGUCCUAUGCUCCCGUAGCCGCCGUUCCAGUGGUUCGCUCCGUGCCCGUGGUCCGUUCGGUGCCCGUGGUCCGCAGCGUUCCCGUUGUCCGUCAUGUCCCGGUGGUGCGUCAUGUUCCCGUUGUUGACUCCGUUCCGGUGCUGACCUCCAGUGUUCGUGUCGGCCAUGCCGCCGUCUACGAUGCUCCCCUCAUCCAGUCCUAUGGCGGUUGGCUGAAGCAGAAGUAA